UCAAAGUUGCGACUUUUUUUUUCCUUCCCCUAAACAUAUGUCUACGUAGAUGGCAUCUUAAUGAUGCUAACUUUUCUAAUUAAGAAUUAACAUGAAGAAUUCUAAACAUAAUUAUUUAAAUUAAAAAUCCAGCAGGUAAACAGAGUUAUAAAUGGCACACGUGUGGGUCUCAUACAUUACCCCAGAUAAGGUCUCGUCUCGUUCGUUUCCUUAUUACAUACAUACUCUCUCAAAACCAAUCUCUUCUUCUUCUUCUACCUCAACUCAAGACUUUGUAAGCACUUCUCUCUCUCUCUCAAGUUCUGUUUCUGAAUCUUCUAAAAAUGCCUAGGAAUCUAGAACCGUUGGAUCUUGGUAUCCAAAUACCAUACCAUUUCAGAUGUCCAAUCUCACUCGAACUCAUGCAAGACCCCGUCACCGUCUGCACAGGCCAAACCUACGACCGAGCCAGCAUCGAGUCAUGGGUCUCUAUCGGUAACAACACAACAUGUCCAGUCACACGAGCUCCUCUCUCCGACUUCACUCUCAUCCCUAACCACACUCUCCGUCGUCUCAUCCAAGAAUGGUGCGUCGCUAACCGCUCAAACGGCGUCGAACGUAUCCCUACUCCUAAACAACCAGCUGAUCCUACCUCUGUCCGUGCUCUCCUAAGCCAAGCCUCCGCUACGUCUGGAACUCACGUCUCCGUUCGCUCACGCGCCGCCGCUCUCCGCCGUUUACGUGGAUUCGCACGCGAUUCUGAUAAAAACCGCGUUUUGAUCGCAGCUCAUAACGCUACAGCGGUUUUGAUUAUGAUCCUGUUCUCCGAAACGACGUCGUCUGAGCUGGUCUCUGAGUCGUUAGCUCUUCUUGUUAUGUUACCGAUAACGGAACCGAACCAGUUAGUCUCGAUAUCUUCGGAUCCGGGCCGGGUCGAGUUUUUGACCCGGUUGUUGUUCGACUCCUCGAUCGAAACGCGCGUUAACGCCGCCGCGUUGAUCGAGAUCGUGACGACGGGAACCAAAUCGGAGGAUCCGAAAGGAACGUUUUCGAAUUACGAAUCUGUCUUCGAAGGAGUGCUCGAUCUUCUCAGGAACCCGAUCUCGUCGCGGCGAGCUCUCAAGAUCGGGAUCAAAGCUCUGUUCUCCCUCUGUUCGGCGAAACAAACUCGCCACCUAGCGAUCAACGCCGGUGCGCCGGAGAUUCUGAUAGACAGACUGGCGGCGGAUUUCGACAGGUGCGACACGGAGAGAGCCUUGGCGACGGUGGAGCUUCUAUGCCGAACGCCGGAAGGAUGCGCGGCGUUCGGAGAGCACGCUCUGACGGUGCCGUUGCUUGUGAAAACGAUACUGAGAGUGUCGGAUAGGGCGACGGAGUACGCGGCGGGGGCGUUGUUAGCGAUAUGUACGGAGGAGGAGAGGUGGAGGGAGGAAGCAGCGGGGGCGGGGGUGGUGGUGCAGCUGUUGUUGAUGGUGCAGAGUGAGUGUACGGAGAGAGCGAAGAAGAAAGCGCAGAAGUUGCUGAAGCUUCUGAGAGAUUCAUGGCCUGACUACAACAACCAUAACUCCUCCUUCGCUAACUCCGAUGACUUUGCUUGCAGCCAAGUUGUCCCUUUUUGAUUUUUUUGAUUUUUAUUUUUUUGCUUAAAUUGUUUCAUAGUAAUUAAUUUUUUUUUUCAUAUGUUUUUUAAAAAAAAUUAGUAGGAAAAUGGUCAUUUUUUAUGUGAAGAAGAAAUAUAAAUAUACAGCUUUUUGUGACCAUGAUUUUUUUUUUUCUGGUGUGUGUAUAUAUUGGUUUUCUAAAAAAAAAUAUUAUUGGAGAUGUAACUUAAGUAUCUCUUAUUA